AUGAAAGGAGAGCCUUCAGUCACUAUAAGAAUGAAGUCAAGUUGGAUAUGGAACUCGAUGGAAGAAACUGAAAUUGUAAAAGAUGGUGGAGAAAAACCUAAAGGAACUAUUUGUCCCUGA